CGACGGAACCACUUUUCCCCGCACUCCGUCAUCGCUUACUAAUCAACAUCUGCCCCUCCAUUUCCAACCAAUCAGAAGCUAAACCAAGCUACCGAACAGCCUCGGAGCAUUACCAUUCGGCCCCGCCUGGCUGGAUUACCAUAUCCUAAACAUAUCUUGCCUUCCUUUUAUCACUUUUUAAGACCAACCCAGCGGCAUACAACCUCCCCACCAAACACCCCCCAAGAACACCAUGUCCACCUCCUCCACCCCCUCCCUUCUCCUCCUCCCUCCCCCGCCACAAUCACUAGACCGCGCCUCCUUAAAAGCCGCCUACCUCCCCGCCUUCACAGCCGCCCUAGCCGACCUAGCAUCCGCCCGCGUGAGCCCAAUCGCCGUGCUAGACAUCGCCGUCCCAUGGCCUGCACUGCGCGGACAAGCUGAGAAGCCGCGGUCUCAUUUAUUCAGAGAAAGUCAGCAUUUACUGGCGGAGCUGUAUAGUCUCAUUUCCCUCGUCUGCGCGCAGAAGGGGAUCGAGCUCGAUGGACCGGGGGGGAUUGAUCCGCGGGUGUUGCUGGUGGAAUAUGACCCCUCUCAACCACCCCCCAGCUACCAGGGAAGCAGCAACUCCCCCGCCGCCGCCGCGGGAGGUCCGAUAAUAGACCUCCAAACCCUCGCUCUGACCCGUCGGAGCUGGAAUCUCAUCUUCAGCGUCGACGGCGAACAAGGCCAACAAGUCUUCCAACGCUACUCCACACUAGCAAACACCCACUCCCCCCCUCUCCGCGGGCACAUCCGCACCGUCCCCGGCGAAACCACCGUUGUCGCCAAAACCGCCAGCUCAUCACCUCCUCCCUACCCGUCGUCAAAAACCCACUCCGUCGUCGCGGUAGGGGGGACAUUCGACCACCUCCACGCGGGGCACAAACUCCUCCUCACCGCUACGGCGUUGAUGCUCCAACCCCCCGCCAUCAGCACCUCUCAACCACCCCACCGCCGUCUAAUAAUCGGUGUAACAGGCGACGAGCUCCUCAAAAACAAGAAAUACGCCGAGCAGCUCGAGAGCUGGAAACGGCGCGAGGAGGGUGUGAUUAACUUCCUCCUCCCCAUCCUCUCCUUCACCACCCUCCCCACCCCCGAAGAUAUAACACGCACCCACUUUGACACCCCCGUCGUCAACGGCCGCGGCGUCUCAACCCAUCUCAAAUCUGCGAAUCUCACAAUAGAAUGUGUAGAGAUCCAAGACCCCUUCGGUCCAACCAUCACCGAUGCCGUGGUCUCAGCACUCGUCGUGUCAGGGGAAACACGCGAUGGCGGGAAGGCGGUGAAUGAUAAGAGGGAGGAGAAGGGGUGGGCGGCGCUGGAGGUGUUUGAGAUUGAUGUUUUGGAUGCGGGGGAGGAGGAUGAGGGGGGGAAUGGUGGGGGGAGUAAGACGGAGGGGUUUGCGGCGAAGAUAAGUAGUACGGCGAUUAGGAGGAGGAGGGCUGAGGAGAGCGGGAAGGCUUCUUUGUGA